CCUGCUUGAAAGUGGGCUGUCGUGGGAAGACGUGCUAAGUAAAAAAAAAAAAAAUAAUAAUAAUUAGCUGAAACAUCCCACAAGUAAAAAUCUGUUCCACUGUGUCAGAGCACUUGUAAAUUCCAGACAUUUAAAAAGUGGACUUCAAGGAAAAGUGAAAUUCUGUAUAGGAAAACACAACUUGCAGGAACCAAGAAGAUGAAUGGGACACUGGACCAUCCAGACCAGCCUGACAUUGAUGCUAUAAAAAUGUUUGUGGGUCAGAUCCCUCGUUCCUGGUCAGAAGAGCAGCUGCGGGAGCUCUUUGAGCCCUAUGGUGCUGUCUAUGAAAUCAACGUCCUCAGAGACAGGAGUCAGAAUCCCCCACAGAGCAAAGGUUGUUGUUUCAUCACAUACUAUACACGCAAAUCAGCAUUAGAAGCACAAAAUGCCCUUCACAAUAUGAAAAUUCUUCCAGGGAUGCAUCAUCCCAUUCAGAUGAAGCCAGCAGACAGCGAGAAGAACAACUCGGUAGAGGACAGAAAGCUGUUCAUUGGGAUGAUCUCUAAGAAAUGCAACGAGAAUGACAUUCGGCUCAUGUUCUCCCCCUACGGUCAGAUUGAGGAGUGUCGCAUUCUCCGAGGACCUGAUGGACUGAGCCGUGGUUGUGCCUUUGUCACAUUCACAGCAAGACAGAUGGCGCAGUCUGCCAUUAAAUCCAUGCACCAGUCACAGACCAUGGAGGGCUGUUCAUCCCCAAUCGUGGUCAAGUUUGCAGACACACAGAAGGAUAAGGAGCAGAAGCGCAUGGCCCAGCAGCUGCAACAGCAGAUGCAGCAACUCAAUGCUGCCUCCAUGUGGGGAAAUUUAACUGGCCUCAACUCACUCGGCCCACAGUACCUUGCACUUUAUUUGCAGCUCCUGCAGCAAUCCGCAUCCUCGGGGAAUGCUCUCAACAAUCUUCACCCCAUGUCAGGUCUGAAUGCCAUGCAGAAUCUGGCUGCAUUGGCGGCAGCAGCGAGUGCCAGUCAGGCAACUCCAAGUGGCAGCAGUGCACUGACCACGUCCAGCUCGCCACUCAGUGCGCUUACUAGCUCAGGUACGGCCUCUGGACAACAGACUCUCUCUGCCUGGGAUGGCUGCAAGGCAGGUUCUUCUCCCACCUCGAGUACUAAUUCAUCUGUGAAUCCUAUGGCUUCUCUGGGUGCGCUGCAGUCUCUGGCUGCAGGUGCUGGUGCUGGUCUCAACAUGAGUUCACUAGCAGGCAUGGCUGCGUUGAAUGGUGGCUUGGGCAGUGGAGGCAUAUCUAAUGGCUCCGGCAGCACUAUGGAGGCCUUGACACAGGCAGCUUACUCGGGGAUCCAGCAGUAUGCAGCCGCUGCCCUACCCAGUCUUUAUAACCAGAGCCUACUUUCUCAGCAGAGCAUCAGUGCUGCUGGCAGCCAGAAAGAAGGCCCAGAGGGUGCAAAUCUCUUCAUUUAUCACCUUCCCCAGGAGUUUGGUGACCAGGACUUGCUUCAGAUGUUCAUGCCUUUUGGCAAUGUUAUCUCUGCCAAGGUUUUCAUAGACAAACAGACUAACCUCAGCAAAUGUUUCGGCUUUGUGAGUUAUGACAAUCCCGUUUCAUCCCAGGCGGCCAUUCAGUCAAUGAAUGGUUUUCAGAUCGGAAUGAAACGACUGAAGGUUCAACUGAAACGAUCCAAAAAUGACAGCAAGCCAUAUUGAGUGAUUUUGCUCUAAAAUGGACUUGGUUUGAAAAUGUGUUUCUGAUAUCUUCGUGCCCGUUUGUUCAUCGUUUCCCUAGCAUGUCGAUGUGACGUCAAAAGUUCAUCGUCCAGUCCGUUGUCCUCUUCGCUUCUCUGACGCUUGAAAUUUUUCACCCUUGACCUUUUUUGUUAACUUUUGACGCUUGGUGGUUAUUUUGUUUGUUUUGUGUGGUGUUCAUUUCUGUUUGUGCUGCCAAUAGAGGGCACUAGAAAGACUGCUGUUAUUAAUUAAAUUGUAAAAAGUUUCUUGAAUAUUGUUCAGAACAGAGUCUAUUUUUCUAGAACUUGCAGACAUAACCACUAGAUUGUGCAAAGGCUUUUAAUUUUCGUUUCAUUACCCAGUUAAAUUUUUUUUUUGUUUAGCAAAUUUUAUUUUUCGUUUUAGAGCAGUCUUUCUAGUGCACUCAGUUUUACUCAUUUGUUUUCCUCUAAAAGCAGCCAAUCCAUUUAUAGAAUCACUUUGUGUGUGCGUGGGUGUGUGUUUCCUCUUUCUCUCACUUGUACACCUUUUUAGGGUUUUUUGCAGUCACAUUUUGCUGAAACUGAGGAUAACCUUGUAAUAUUGUGCUAGAUUAGUUGGCAUGAGUUUUGAUGGCAUAACUUUGGGAGUUCCUUAACAGUGUGACAUUACAAUAGACACUUGAAUUGCUUUUCUUCCUUUUUCCCAUUUAGUGUGUCAAGAUAUCAUAGGCACAUAUUUUCUUUUCUUUUUUUAUUGUGUGAAAAUCAGGAUUAGUCUGAAACUUAAAAAAAAGCAUAAAAUGAGCAAAAUUGAGUUUCUUGUCAGUUAGUAUAGGAGUAUGCAUGUUUUUUGUAACUGCACUGACAUCCUCAGCAAAAUGUGAUUUAGUUCUGUUAAAGACAAAAUUAUAAAAUGAAUAAAAUGGUGCCAAAAGUUUUGCAUGUUGCUGUUGGUCACAUUUUAUGUAUUUUUUCAUGUCUGUCUACUAUUCCAAUGUGGUCCCAUUUUAAUAAUUGAUUUUAAAAUCUAGUCAUAACCACACAUUGAAACAUGUUUGAAAGUGAACUUUCUAGAUGGACUUUGUAAUGACUUCUCAUAUCGACCCAGUCCUUGCAAAUUUCAGUUUUUCUGUUUAGAAAUGUUAUGGCAUGUUGAAUGGUUGGCAGAAAGGAUCCAAAGUUUCCCCAGUCUGACAAAUCUGUUAAAAAUUUUGGUUCUUUGUCAUAGUCUAGCCCCAGCCCCCUUUUGUAGUACUGCCUUUACGGUGUCUACUAUUUGGGGAAUUAAAAUCAUCUUUCUGUAAUAAGGCUUCCUCCCCCCGAAUAACUAUACUUGGGGGUGGGCCCCCUGCCCCCCUUUCAAAAUUGCCCUCUUUUGCAAAUUUGGCACCGUUUUCACUAGCUUUUAUUUCAACAGUAGAUUGCUAGCAAAAUGUCCUGUUGACGAAUUGGGUUUAACGUUGCAAUUCCUUUGGCAUUUUAUAUCUAGAUUUUAAGCUGCUGUUUGUUUAAAUGUACUCUGAAAAACUUACCUGUGGGAUGUUUGUCAUUAUUGGUACAGAGUGAUUGUAUUUAAUAGUAAGAAAUUGUACAGUUUUUGCCUUUUUCUACUUCCAAGUUCUGUUUCGCAAUGUGAAUUUGAAAUCCUAAUACGUGGAGCCAUGUAGAACUUGCCACCAUGACCAAACAAGUCUAAACAAAGUAAGUAAUUCUAUGAAGCAGCCUUCAGUUGAAUUAAAAGCUGAUUUUUUUUUUUUCUGUCAUUUAAGUUAUGGUUUUCACUGGAAUUGUAGAGUGAGGAGUUCAUUAGAUGUCUAGAGGAGUUAUUUCUGAAUGUUUUCUGUUGAGGUUUAUUUAAAUUGUGAUGGAAGUUAACAUUUUCAUGCUACUAUCUCCACAGAAGUAUAGCAACGUGCAUACAACAGUCAUUUUGUAGUUUCUUUGGUCGGGUUGUUUGUCUGAUUAAACUGAAAAGAUUCACA